AAUAAUAAUACCGCUAUUCGCUGUGGCGGUCUUUGAUUUUUUUUUAUCACUAAAUCAUAACAUUUGAAUUUUGAAUUUUUUUUUUUAUUGAUUGUUCUCAAGAAGAUUAAACUGGUAUAUUGUUGAGUAGCAAAACCGUUAAAAACUUCAAUUGGUUUUCAGAUCUAUUCGUUAGAACGUCAUUGAUAAUCGCUGUGCAAAACCUUAUAUUGUUUAUCGUAUCCUAACGACGGAACUACGAAAUGGAACCCAUGGCUCUAGGAUCACCAUCACAUGACAGUCCACAAAAACCUAUCUAUCUUCCUGGAUACUUGAUGGGUGAACGUGCUCAAUCUCCGAUCGGUAAUGUUUCCAUUAGCACCAUGUCUCCGUUACGUGCAAAUCGUAGCCAAACUCCAGAUGUACAUACCACGUUUUUAAUGCGCAAUUUUCAUCAUGAACUAAGCGAUAAGCCAUCUUCCACUCCUAUCUCUAAUAGAGUCAAUGAUGAACCAACAAAAGCUCCAACAAUUGAUUUAUUUGAUUCGAUAAAUACUUCCGACUAUAGUGAAAAGCAGUGUAACAAUAAAGAAAACAAACAAUUUUAUUCUGAUAUAAACAAUCUGGUUGAACAACCAAAAGCUGCUCCAGGAUGUUGGAUUACAGUUUUUGGCUUUUCAAUUUCGAAUAAAGAUGAAAUAUUAUCUAAAUUUAAACACAUGGUGUCUUGUUGUGAUGUGAGACAAGCUGGGCCAAAUUGGGCACACAUAUGUUUUAGUGAUCCUACAGAUUAUCAUCGUGCUCUAUUAUUUCAUGGCCAAGUAACCAAUAAUGGAGCUAUGAUUGGAGUUAUUCCAUGUAAUGAUAAGACAAUUUUAAAUGAAAAUAUUAGCCCUAUUGAUUCACACCCUGGUCCGAGUACUGACAUUUUAUCAAAAUCGCUGCGUUCACCAAUUUUAGGUCAACAAUUUUCCAGUCCAAAUGAUUCAAUCUCUAAAAGAAAUAAUAUCAGACCAAUGGCUAUAAGACCUAUACCUAUUCAAGGAAACAAUAACUCUCCUUCAGCUACAACUUCAAAUGGUAUUGUCACAAAAACUUUGGAAUAUUUAUUUGGUUGGUAGGUAAGAAAUUUAAAUAUGCGUAAGACAAAAUCAUUAGUGGAUUUUCAAACCAUUGUUUAUAUUUUAUUAUUUUAAUACAUUUUUUUUAAAAUCAACUAUUGUUUAAUUAUUAGUAAAUAAAAUUCAUAUUGAUUACUGGAA